AUGAAAGAAGGUAUUAAAUAUACAUGGGGAUUUAUCUUAGAAUCCAAUCAAUCCUAUAUAGCUCCUGUUUGGUUAACAGAAUUUGGUACAAAUGUUGAUCAAUUUAAAGGUGAUGAUAUAUUUAUUGAUUGUGUUAAAACUGGUAGUUAUUAUAUUCGAUCUGGUACAAUUGAAUCACAUGAAUCAUUCGGUUUGUUAACAGAUAAUUGGAAUGAAAUUAAAUUAAAAUCAUUUAUCGAUAUUCUUUCAACAAUGUAA